CCCGCCCGUCCCCGCCCGCCGUCACGCAGCCGCCGUCGCAGAGCCCGGGGAGGCGCCGGGCAGGGGCAGCCGCCGCCGGAGGAGGCCGAGGCGGGAGCGGGAGCGCGGCACAGGCUGCUGCCGCCGCGGCGGGGGCAGAAAAUGGCUGUUCCACCUGCUUAUGCUGAUCUGGGCAAAUCUGCCAGAGAUGUUUUCACCAAGGGAUAUGGUUUUGGGUUAAUAAAACUGGAUUUGAAAACAAAAUCUGAAAAUGGACUGGAAUUUACAAGCUCAGGUUCAGCGAACUCAGAAACGAGCAAAGUUAGUGGUAGUUUGGAAACAAAAUACAAAUGGGUGGAAUAUGGAUUGAUGUUCACAGAAAAGUGGAACACCGACAACACACUAGGCACUGAGAUUACUCUUGAAGAUCAGCUUGCACAUGGCCUGAAGCUGACCUUUGACUCCUCCUUCUCUCCUAACACUGGGAAAAAGAGUGCUAAAGUUAAGACAGGGUACAAAAGGGAACACAUCAACCUUGGCUGUGACAUGGAUUUCGAUAUUGCUGGCCCUUCAAUACGUGGAGCCCUGGUGGUUGGCUACGAGGGGUGGCUGGCAGGUUACCAAAUGACUUUUGAGACAACGAAGUCUAGAGUAACCCAGAGCAACUUUGCUGUUGGCUAUAAGACCGAUGAAUUCCAGCUUCAUACUAAUGUGAAUGAUGGAACAGAAUUUGGUGGCUCCAUUUACCAGAAGGUGAAUGAUAAACUGGAAACUGCCGUGAAUCUUGCUUGGACAGCCGGUAAUAGCAACACUCGCUUUGGAAUAGCAGCCAAGUAUCAGAUUGACCCAGAUGCCUCUUUUUCUGCUAAAGUGAACAACUCCAGUCUGAUUGGAUUAGGAUACACUCAGACUUUAAAGCCAGGUAUCAAACUGACAUUGUCAGCUUUGUUGGAUGGCAAGAAUGUCAAUGCAGGUGGUCACAAACUUGGUCUAGGAUUGGAAUUUGAAGCAUAAGGAGUGAUUCGACAAUGACUAAUUUGAAAAUACAGCAUAGCUACCUUCAGAAUAUAGUGUACCUUUCAAUGUUUUAUGUCUGGGAUGCAAGUAUUGCUAAGUAUCAGUCCUGCUAGUCCUGGUUAAAGACAGCUAAGCUUUAAAAAUGAUGUUGUUACAGAAAUGGAGACGAAAGCAUAAAAUUUUUUCCUAAUUCCAGGCUUUGUUUUUGAAUGUUAUUGCCCAUCACAUCUGCCAGCUGCCACAUGAUAGGAAAUAUGAAGGUAUUGUUUACCUUUACUAAUAUAUUGACUGCACAAGGAAUAUGUUAAUGUGGUAUAAAACCUGAGACUUUAAGAAUCGCAGACCACUAUAUCGUACUGUUAAUUCUGUAAGCAAAAUGUUCUGACACUUAAGGUUUCAAUUCACGAUGGAAUGUGCGAAAUUGUCUGAAAAAGGGAUUUUAAAACAAAAUUAUUUUUAGAUAGGUAUUUCAUGAAUGAUUUGUCUUAUUUGAUUAUCUUACACCUACAGCUGUCUCCAGAAUGCUUUAGGUUGUCCACCUUGUAUAAGUCUGUUGCGGAGGAGGUUUGAUGUGACUCAGACAAUACUACCUGUCCUGUGUUGUGGUUCCUUUCCCUUGCACCGACCGGAAAACUUGUAAGAGAGGGCCAUAAUCAGGGAAGAGUCUUUGUAACUGCAAUCACAUAGUUGCGUCACUAAAUUGAAAAUGGACUUUUGUUUUAUUACCACUUUUUUUUAGCAACUAAAUGGGUACAUUUUUAGAGAGUCUUCCAUUUUGUGUGGAACUAGACCCCAAAAUGCUGUACUUGACACUACUAAAAAUGGAUAAAAAACCCAAACCCAACUUGAAUAAAAUAUUGAAAUGUCA